ACAUCUACAGGCUCUCCUCCUGCCACGUGUCACUCUAUAAACCAUGAUUCUUUCGUGUUCGCUGUUUUGCUUCACUCCAAGCAUUCGAAAUCUCAAGAAGCUUCUCCGGCUUUGAAACUGCUGCUCUGAGUUUCAGACAUGGCCAAAACUGCUGUGGAAGAUAAGGGCAUGGAUCAGAUCAGAGAGCAAGAGGCGAAGGAAGCCGUUGAUGGUGUCAAAGGCUCCAGACGCCUUUCUGAUGCCAUAAUGCCGCACAUUCUCAAGCUAUAUGCGUCAUCUGCUACGUCCCAUGACUUUGAAAUUUAUGCUCCGAAUGCAACAUUCGAAGACCCCCUCAUGUGUGCCCAUGGAGUGAAGCAGAUCAAAUCAGCAUUCUAUUCACUUUCCAAGGUCUUUAGUGAAUCCAAAAUUGUGGAGUAUAGCAUACAAGAAAAUACAACUGCUCCAGAUAGAGGGGAGAUUCUAAUCGACAACAAGCAACAUUACAAAAUAUUGGGGAAAGACUUGGAUGUCGUAUCACUUAUCAAGCUGCGUGUUGAGGAAGGGAAGGUUGUCCGCCAUGAAGAUUGGUGGGACAAGAAACCUCUAUGGAACAGAGACACUGUGAAGCUACCCUUGAUAGGCCGACUAGCAGAAACGUUGCGAAGAGGUUCGAUGCUUGCAACUCAUGCUCUGAUGAGGUUUGGAAAGGAUCCAAACCCUUGAUUCCAUCUUGAUGAAAGGAAAAAACAAAUCAAACCAAGCUUUUUGACGUGUUUAUAUUGCGUUCUUGUAAGAAUUGUGUUAAUUACAUGCAGUUUAUUGCAGCUCAA